AUGCCUGUUGCUUGCGGAGCCUGGCCAGCUAUUUGGACUGUCGCAAAAGACGGAAGCUGGCCAGCUAAAGGAGAAAUCGAUAUCGUUGAAGGUGUCAAUUUCUUCACUCAGAACUCCUACUCUGCUCAUACUAAAGAUGGUUUUGUCAUGCAUCCACAUGGAUUCACCAGCAAAUUCAUGUUAGAUGCUGAUCAUCAAAACAAUUGUGGAGUAGACGCAACUGAUAACCAAGGAUGCGGACUUCGUGAUCGACGUUCCGAUGCUUUUGGAGAACCUUUUAACUCAGCAGGUGGAGGCGUGUUCAUACUAGACUGGGCCGAUAGAGCAAUUUGGAUUAACUUCUACCCACGCGAUGAGAUACCCGAUCACAUUCGCAAUGGAACGCCAGACCCCUCUUCCCCAUGGAGGCGCCGCCCUCGUGCUUACUUCACCGACACUUCCGGUCAGGAAACUGGAAAUUAUUUCCAGGACCAUGUGCUAGUGAUCAACACUAAUUUGUGCGGUAAGUGGCCUGAUGGGGUAUGGUCUGCAGACACCUCUUAUGCGGGUCAGAACCAAACCUGUGCAGCAAUCACAGGUUCAGAUAGUUGUGCAAACUAUAUUUUGAAUUCCGGAAGUCAAUUAGGAGAGGCAUAUUGGGCCAUCAACUCGAUUGAGGUAUACAACAAUGCUACAAAAGCCAAUUCUGACUGA